AUGGGUUCGGCACAGCAAGACGUCCAAUUGAAGGACUUCAACAGCAUCUUUCGUCUCGAUGGCAAGGUAGCUGUUGUGACGGGCGGUUCUCGUGGCCUGGGUCUACACGCCGCAUCUGGCCUCCUCCAGGCCGGCUGCUCGAAAGUCUUCAUCACUUCCCGCAAGGCCAAAGCGUGCGAGGAAGCCUGCGCAGCACUCAACGCGCUCCCGAACAAACACCCUUCCGCUAAGGCUAUCUCGGUGCCGGCAGACAGCAGCAAGGUCUCCGAAAUCGAGCGGCUGGUGGCCGAGGUUGCGAAGCACACGGACAAGGUCGACAUUCUGUUCGCCAAUGCGGGCGCAACAUGGGGCGCGAAGUUCGAUGAUCACCCCGAUAACGCAUUCAGCAAAGUCAUGGACUUGAAUGUGAAGAGCGUGUUCUUCACGAUCCAGAAGUUCGCACCCCUCCUCGAAAAGGCAGCCGGGCCCUCGUCGCCGGCGCGCGUCAUCGUAACGGGCUCGACAGCAGGCGUGGGAAUUGGAAGCACGGGGGCGAACAGCACACCGGCCUACUCGGCGUCGAAGGCAGCGGUACUGCACCUCGCGCGUAACCUCGCGGUCGAGCUGGGGCCGCGUGGCAUCCUCGUCAACGGCAUCGCGCCCGGCUUCUUCCCGUCCAAGAUGGCUAACGGGCUGAUGGAGGCGUCGGGCGGUCAGGAGAGGCUGGCUGCCAGCAACGCGAACGGCCGGCUCGGCCAGCCCGAAGACAUCGCAGCUGCGGUCGUGUACUUGAGCAGUAGGGCGUCGGGGCACGUAAAUGGGGAUACGCUCGUGCUGGAUGGAGGCCAAGUGCUGGUUAGACCAUCGCUCUGA